AAAGAAUGCACAAAUUAAUAAAAAUAUUUUUUAAUAUAAAUAAUCAUAACUCGUUACAUAAACAGUACGAGACCUCCUGAAACUGUUUACGCAAUAAACAGAAAUACGAACUUGACAUUGACAUAUUGCACAUUAAAAAGAAUUUUGUGUGAAAUUGCGAAAUUGGUUUCAUUAAUUUUAAUUAAAAAAUUGUUUUUCCUCAAGUUUAAAAGAAGAUAGAGUUAAAUAAAGUUGUAUGACAAAAACUAAAAUGCCUAGGAAGGCAAAACCAAAGAAAGAUGGUCCAGAAUCUGGAGAGGAUUCCGACGAGUACAGAAAACGAAGAGAUAGGAAUAAUCUGGCUGUAAAACGCAGUAGGGUAAAAUCGAAGCAAAAAACUCAGGAGACAUUAAGUAGGGUAACAGAACUCAGAAAUGAGAACACUGUACUAGAAGAAAAAGUAAAGACUCUCACUAAGGAGCUAGGCUUUCUCAAAGAACUGUUCCUUGCACAUGCAUCAAACAGUGCUGAUAAAAAUAAAUUCGAAGGUGUAGAUUUAAACAAACUCUUACAGGAUCCAGCAGAUGAAUCUACAUCUUCGGGAAAUAAUACCUAGUUGGGUUAUCCUUCCUUUAAGGUGCUUACUGACUAAUAGCAUUUUCUUCCAAAACAACUGGGCGAGUCGAGCACGCACAAACAGUAAAAUACUCAGGUUGUUUUAAGUGAAAAAAACAUCAAAAAGAUAUUGGAUAAGGUUGUUUUUAAGUUGUAACAAAACAACUCUAAAGAUAUCUGUGGCAAAAAGUUUAUCUAAUGCCAUCCCCUCUUUGUGAACACACACACACACACACACACAUGACUCCUAUAGUUCUUGGUUCAUCUCUAUAUAAAAGAAAUGCCAUUGGGUAAAAAGCAAACCAUGUAGACUCAUAUAUUUCACCUUUUCAUAAAAAAGUAAACAGUAAUUAUAUUAUUAGUUUUGGAAGAAUUUUGAACCCUUUCUUGUACCUAUCAAUUUGGUACUUUUUGCCUUUUCUCUUCGGAAACUUCGGAAAAUUUUCCUGUAACUUCAGGUGUUCCCCAAGGUUCACACCUGGGACCUCUACCAUUUAAUCUAUUCAUUAAUGAUUAUUACCACUUGUUUUUCCCAUACAAAAGCUCUCCUUUUCGCUGAUGACCUUAAGUGCUUUACAAUAAUAAGAUCUCAUGAUGAUACUCUUGGACUACAACCAGAUAUUAAUAAAUUAUCCCAGUGGUGCUCUCUUAAUGGCAUGGAAUUAAAUGUUGGUACGUGUUAUAUUAUGCGUUUCUGUAGGAAUCAACAUUUGCUAACACAUGACUAUACUAUUAACGAUCAAGCAUUGCAAUCAUGCACACAAAUCAAAGACCUAGGCAUAAUAUUAGACUCUUCACUCAGCUUUAAACACCACAUUAGUACCGUUGCCCAAAAGUCUAUGAAAAUGCUUGGUUUCAUUAAAAGAACAUCUCGAGAUUUCACAGAUAUAAAUUCAAUGAAAAUUUUAUAUUGCUCCAUCGUUAGAUCUCAUCUUGAUUUUUGUUCCUCUGUGUGGUCUCCAUAUUAUCUAGUUCAUAAAAAUAAACUUGAUACAGUUCAGCAUACCUUUCUCAGAUACGUAGCUUUUAAACAACAUAUAUAUCGUAGCUACACGGAUAUUGAAUUACAGUAGAACGUCGAUAAUCCGGACGUCAAAAAUCUGGACCGUCAAUAAUCCGGAUUUGUAUCUAGCAAAAAUAUGUGAUUCUUUUAAAAUAAAUUAAGACCUUCGCUGCGAAAAACGAACUUCUACUGCAGUUCGGUCAACAAGACAAACCCAAACUUUUCAGAUAAGCUUCCAUAGAUAUAACUAUACUUACAAUAAUUUUUUACCACGAACACUUAGACUUGUGACUUCUCUAAAUGACUUAAAUAUAUUCUGCAAUUCCUUGGAUAAAUUUAAAAACCAUUUGUUGAACAUACAAUGUUAAUUAUAUAAUUUCUAUCAGCAAUUUUUAAGCUUAAACGUUGUUUUUUUAUAUCGUAAUGUUCUUUUUUUUCUUUUAACGUAUUAGCUUUGUUAUCCAAUAGAUAUUGUAAUAUUUGUUCUUUGUGUUGACACUGUUUAUGUUUUUACUUUUGUCUUUGUAAUAUUUUUUUUGUAAUAAUAUUUUCUAAAUUGGGCUUGCCCGUAAAUAAAUAAAUAAAUAAAAAGAAACUGGCAAGCAAACUAUCAACCUUAUUCAUUGUUUCUUCAGAGAUACAUACUACUUCUUCAGCUAUCAGUAUGCAUGCAUCAUUUGUUUUAUUUUAUUUUAAUAUUCCCAUGUUUUGGAUUCCAUAACAUAACACAGGAAAGAGAUCAUAUGAAUCAAUCAGACUUAACCCUUUCAGCUCCAGGGAUGCGUAUGUGCAAUGUGCAUCCAAAGAUGACUAUAGACUAGUGCCGUUGGACAUGUAAGCACACUUUGUGUAUAUUAUAUUCAAACGAAAUUAUUUCUGCCGGCACAGGAGCAGAGGUUGGAAUAUUAAAGUGGAGCUGAAAGGGUUAAACAUUUUUCUCUAUUCCAUUCCAUUUGUAUUAAAUGCAGAGCUAAUCAAAGCUUUUUCCAUUAAAUAUUUGCUGCGAACACAACACAUAGAUUGAAUGCCUGCACCCACUGAGGGCUUUUGAUCUUUCAAUGGUUACCUCUGAAAAUAACCAGCUCAUUCAAUUUGGUAGAAUUUUGCUCGUUCGGUUUGUUCUGAGAAAAUUGCUCAAAUCAAUACGCACCUUUAGAUGUAAAAAAAUGUAAGAUAUAUUUCUGUAUACUCAUUAAGCUUUGUAUAUAGUCAAGUUUAAAUUUAAACUAUGUUUCUUAUGAUAAUAUCAUGAUUAAAAUUUUAAACAAAAACUACUUAAUUCACAGACCUUUGCAAAUAAAAGGAUAAAAAGAAUGCAAUGGCAGAAUCAUAGCAUCAUUGGUUAUUUUUCUUUGAAGUAAGUUAAUAUGACUUAGUAUGCAGUCAAACAUCUUAACUUUUGAGAUAAUAGAUAUUAACAGCAAUUUUGGAUAAUUUUUAUUUUUUAUCUAGAACUUUACCUAAUUAUGUAUGCAUGAUAAAGUGAUAUAAUUAUUUACUUUAAGGCUCGGUAAAUACUUGAUAAAAGUGUAUUUUUUGGACUCAGCCUUAAAAACUUUUUGAUUUAGUCUUUUUUUAAAAUGUAUGUGAAAAUAUCACAUUUUUAAAUGAAAUAGCUGAGUGCACAUAUAUGUGAAUUUUAAGUUGAUAAAAUGGUAAAGCAGAAUCCAUAUUGCACCUUUGGAAAAACAUUGAUGUAAGCGCAAAUUUUUCACAAAUUGAGUUAUCAACACUAAGAUAUUCAUAAUACUCAUAUUUGUCUUAGGAAACAAAGACAGACUUGUAACUUGUAACUCUUCCAUAUUUCGCUAGAUGAUGUGUAUGUUGUUGUUGAAUUUCUGUUGUUUACUUGCUUUCUUGGUGCAACAAAGUCAGAUUGUCAGUUGUGUGUGAUACAGCAUUAGUAUGCAAUAAUAAAAUUAUGAAAUUUUUGGAGAAUAAAUGACAUAUUUGCUAAUUUCUGGAGAAGCAAGGACAUAUUUGCUAAUUUUCUCCCCUUUCAGGUAGCUUUAAAAGGGCAGGUUUAAGAAAAAUCAUAAAAAAAACUUUUUUUUAUUUAUUUAUUUAUUUUCAACGGGCUGCUGCCCAAUAUGAUAACAAGUUUAUAUAAUAUAUUAUAAAAUAUAAUAUAUGCUAAUAACUAAAAUCGUGGACAAUAAAUUUCUACUUGCUCUUGUAAAUCUCAUUUUUGGAUUUAACUAACUUUCAAAACUGUGAAUGCGUUUUCCCAACAAUCAACAAAUUUGCACUUACGUCAGUGUUUCUCCAAAGGUGCUAUGUAUCAUCUGUGUCUUUCUAAUACCUCGUAAGCAAUAUCUCACACUCUCAGCAAUGGGGAUAUGAGCUAGAAGCUGGGGAACAAGCGAGUUUAGUUUUACACUAUGCAAAUCUACAAACAAUAGAUAGAACAAUUCUACCUAAUAUAUUGGAAGAAUUUGGCAUACCAUCAAAAUUAAUACGACUAGUGCAAAUGACAAUGACAGAAACAGAAGCACAAGUUUGUAUUCAAGGACAGAUCACUGAUGCGUUUACGAUAACGCAAGGACUGAAACAAGGCGACGGACUGGCUCCAACGCUUUUUAAUCUUGUUCUUGAAUAUGUAAUUAGACGGUUGACGGUAAGCGGAAAUAACAUACUUACAAACAAAUCUACCCAAUUAGCAGCAUACGCGGAUGAUAUAAACAUAAUGAGCAGAACAAUGAAUGCAGCGGAAGAAACCUAAGUUGAGUUGAAACAGAGUGCAGAAGCAGUAGGGCUAGCAAUAAACACAAAUAAAACAAAACUACUCAUACAAACCAGAUCAAAUAGACCGGCGCAACAACACUUUAUUGACGAUAUAGAACAUGUGAAUAGAUUCACGUACCUAGGAAUGGAUCUGGUUGCAAGCAGUGAAGAAGAACCGGAAAUAAAUAGAAGGCUUGUGCUGGCAAAUAAAGCAUAUUUCGCGAUGGGCCACAUAUUCAAAUCGCGAGACGUACACCGGAAAACAAAACUCCGGGUAUAUAAAACAAUAAUCAGGCCCAUAGUAAGUUAUGGCUGCGAAACAUGGGUGGUGACACAGAAAUCUGCCAAUGCAUUAGAUGUGUUUGAAAGAAAAGUAUUACGUAGGAUACUGGGCCCAAUAAGGGAAAAUAACAACUGGCGAAUUAGGUAUAAUAGAGAAAUAUACGAGCAAUAUAGCGAACCAACUCUAGCACAACGCACUAAACUACAGAGAUUACGGUGGGCAGGGCACGUGGUCCGCAUGCAUGAGAAUAGAAUCCCCAGAAAAUUGCUGAAUGCAAGAAUGCAGGGAAGAAGACCGGUUGGAAGACCUAAAAAGAGAUGGGAAGACGAAGUCGAUGAGGAUGCCAGGAACUUCCUGGGAACGCGUUCAUGGAAAAGAACAGCGGUAAAUCGAAAUGAUUGGAGAAGCUUAUUGAAGGAGGCCAAGGCUCGAUUUGGGCUGUAGUGCCAUUGGAUGGAUGGAAAUCUACAAACAACGCAUUUUCCAAUUUUUGUGGGUUACGAGUUAUUAGAACGACACAGACAAUAUAUUCAGACACGUGAGAGCCAUCCGUCAUCAUCAAAUGAUUACAUGAAAGUCCAUAAAUUUGACUAAUUACUGUUUUAUUUACUCCUUCCAGUUUCAGAUGAAUUUUAUAAAAAUGGAUUUAGGAUUGUGAAUUAAGAAGUUAAUUAAGUGUUAUCAAAACUAUUUGUCGAUCAAAUAGUAUUUUUUUAUAUACUACAGUAGUUAUAGAGAUUAGCAAAAAUGUAUUAGUAUCACUUAUGUAACCAACACAGAAAUUGAUAUAGCUCAUACGUAAUAACUCACAAAAAAUUAUACUGCUAUAAUAAUUUGAACUUUAUGGCUGUUAUAUUUAGUCUUAGUAAUUUUUAGAUAAUGUAGCCUUUUGUAAUUUAGUCCUUUGAAAAGCAUGCUAACUUUUUUCAUCAAAUCCUGUUUGUCAAAACAUAGCUUAACUUAAACUAUUAACUGGCUGAAUAAAAGAUUCGAUUAGAUUCAAUUACAUUGAAUAUUAAUUUGUUUUGUUGUAAAUCCACUUAAUAAUUAUGUGAUAUGUUUGAUUUAACAUGAAUUCUAUAAUUUUUUUGUAAUUUGGCACCAAUGUCAACUUAGAUCUCUGACGUAGAUAAUGACAUGCAACGGUAUUUAUAAUCUACCGACUGUAGAUCUAUUGAGAAAUUCACACCGAGAAUGCAGUACGGCUAAGAUAGGGCAAUACAUUUCUAAUGGGGAAUAAACGCACAGGGUUGUCAGUCUUCACCAGUUGUUGAUUGCUCUCUCAAGAGCGUCGCACAGGAACUGUGGCAACACUGAAUGCACAUUGCUAUCUUAACCAUACUGAAUUUCACGUUAGUCUAGCUUCUGGUAAUACUAUAUAUUAUUUAUCUAUGGUCUAGCUUUAAUGUCACUGUUAAUAAAAACUGGUUUCUAUAUUUGUGUACAGAUUAAAGAGCUCACUUUUUCGAUAAUUUAUUAGAAAGUAUUUUUAUUCUUAUUGAAAAUUACUUUUAAGUUCUAAAGCUUAAAAGCCUUUGUUGUAUAUAUAAAAUAAAACUGUACAGUGUUUGACUAAAAUUAUAAUCUUUAAAAUAUGUUAAAAAUAUAUGUACAAAAUAGAUAUUAAUGUAUUAUUUUUAUAAAAAUCUUUUUUGUAGUAUGUUUGUAUGAUUAAAAUGUGAAAAAAUGA